AUGCGCCUGGAUCUCCUACUUGACGUUAAUUGGGCGACACGAUAGAAUCUUCCGGGCUCAGCCAAUGUGGGCGAGGGUCGCGAGGCUCGAGCUGAGGGACGCGCGAGAGCGCCGGAGGAUAAUGUCCGGACUGUGAAGAAGACUCCCGAACCGGACGUUACUCGGCAUACGCGGGAAAGUUAAUGAAGUAAAGAAUCAAUCCAAGUUCAAGAGAGUUCAAGAUGGCGUUUGACGGACAUCAGAGCACAUUUGCGAGUUCCCUCUUUCCCACAUAUCAACACCAGGCCAGUGCAAAUAUAGGUAGUGGAAACAAUGGCAGCGUGCCAUUGCCCUUCGUUGACAUCCCCAGUGUCUCACAACAGGAGCAGAACACAGCAUCCUACCUGCCCUGGUCUCACAAUGCGUACGAUGAUCCCUAUGGCCUUAUCAAUUGUGCCCAGAACAACAAUAAAAUCAGGAAACCCACUGAUAGUACUGACUGUGAAGGGGAGACUGAUCUCCAGGGUCUAGUGUCAAAUAUUUUGGAUGAAACAGAUUCACAAGACAGCUACUACAGUGAAGGGAGCCUACCUACAUGUAAUACCGUCUGGUCUCCAAAGACAUUGAGAGAAGAACUGCUCCAGUAUUUUCAAUCAGAGGCUAAAACGCAACAUCAUCCAACCUUUCCUCCUAACUAUGUAUCCCGUGAGACUUUAAGUAAAGCACCAGGACAGUCAGUGGACAGUGACAUCAAAGAGUUCUAUCAACAGUCCAAUGGCAUUUCUACCAAUCAACAAUGGCUGCCUAACGGAGACCAGGACAGCUACGCCGUCCGUCCUCAGAAACUGCCACCAGGUUUAUCAAUUCCCAGCAGAGGAAACGCCUAUUUGUCACAGGCACCACGCUGCAAAUACGACAACAUGCCACCUGAGAAAGACAGAAGGAAUAGUCAUCCCGGGAAUAGUUUACCUGACCUCAGUAAAGUCUUUCGACCUCAAAGUGAAACGAACAGCCCGUGCUUUCAUCCUUAUUAUGAAGACGAGUACAUCCAGAACAUCAGCAACGAGCCGUACGGGCCUCCAGACAUGAACCAACUGGUCAGCAGCUUUCAGUCGUUCAUGGCUGGUGAGCAUGACGGCUUAUAUGGGGGAGAUUUCCCAAGCAUCCACAGGCAGACCGCGGGCGUGCAGCAUGAAGACAGCUUAGUUGAACAAUGGAAACUCACCAACCCGGCCAUGUCAACACAGAGUGUUCCUGCAAUGCAGACCCAGAAACAGAUGGGGGGAGAAUUUGGGACAGUGCAGGUGGAAAGAAACGGGGGAGUGGGGAGGCCAAUAUAUCGGCGCGAUGCCUUUCAAGAUCCACCUGCUUUCAGCCCACAGAACACAGAGUACUACCAGCCACCCAAGCCAUUCUCUGCAUCUCUAAACUUCCCAAAGCAAUACCAGAGCAACACGGCCACGCAGAGAGAGAACACUGCACCGCCCAUGAACAUGGGCGUGAACCAGUAUUCAAAGCAUCACAUCCAGCAGGGCCUGAUGCAGAGCAAGCUCAAGCCACAGGCGCAAAGGGAAAAGAGGAGGAUGCAUAUGUCCGGCUUUCUCGGAGAAGGCUUCUCCACACGACCCCUGAGCCACGCGAACGUGAGAGGGGGCGAUAGGAAGCAGGCCUUCUCUCAAAACCCAAACCCCGACCACCUGGGGAGCAUGGCGUCUCACAGGUUUGAUGGAGAAACGGUGGUCGGUGCGGGGAACACACAGCAGCUCACGCCCUACAUGUACGCUGUGAAUGACCCCAGAAGGUACUCCAGCGGGCCCAUCGCCCCCCCCCACUUCAGCUCCAGAUCCACGCCGCCCUAUGGAGGCAUCGGCGUGGGCGAAUCGAUGUCGGCCAGCGAGUCUGCGGCUUUCAACUCCUAUGUCAGUGACAUGUUGAGCUGCAGAGGAGAAAGCACUUAUCACGGCAUGGCCUCGGCCGCGACCACUUCAAUGGGGAUGAGUCAAGGAGGACCGGGGAUCCAGCUCUACUUCUACCUGGACGAGUGUUAUGAGCAGCUGAGGGGCUUGGAGAAAGAGAGGAAGAGGGUAUGCUUUGUGUUUACCGAGACAUUUCUUGGUAAAAGGACUCCUCCAGUGACCAACACCAACCUGCCCAAAACUCCACCAAAUCCCACAAGAGUUGACCACCUGAUCGUCAAUCAGAUGAGAGAGCAAGCCAGAGUGGCGGUCCUUCUGGAUCGAAUGGAGUGUGUCUGCAACACCACCUUCCACGUGAACAUCCACACGGCGCUGAACAGGCACCAAAUGGCGAUCUGCAUCGCCCAGGCCCGACGCAAGGAGGAGUUGACCAACGUGUCCAAACACCAGCGGCAGAGAGCGCCGUUCUCCGAGGACAGAGACGCCCUGCUGCUGGCCGUCGCGCUGAAGGACCUCGCUGCGACCACGAGGAAGAUGCGCACGGCCCUGUGGUGCGCUCUGCAGACGACGCUCCCCAAAGCUGCUCCGAGGCCGGAGCAGCAUGUUGACAGGGAGGCCACACGCAAGGAGAGGGGCUCCUCUCCAUUCGAGGGAUACUCUUUUAAAGUUAGGAUUUAAAGCAAGAGCUAAAGGGCCGGAUUCAAAUUAAAACUCCUCCAGAACGCCCCGAUUAUAAAUUUCCCAUCGGCAACAGGGUGACUUAAAUACAACUAAUGUUCCCUGCACGUCCAGAGUGACAUUUUACCUGCAACACAGUGAUCACUGCAGACUAUGAGAUGAGCAAUUUGAAGCUCGAUGAUGGCUGCACUUCUAGGACCCCCAGGAGCCUCAGUUGGCUAACGUCCGUUGCGCGGGGAUUGCAUGACGUAAUUUGACCUGCCGCAUCUUAAUUUAACUUCAUCGAAUUAGUGUCCGUUUCAAAUAAACAAGAAUGUGCUCCAUCACCGUUGUAUUUAAAGGCACUAUUUAUGAGGAAGAUUUCAGCGAAUUCUUCCGUUUUACUUAUUUAUUGGAAUGUAAUGGAACCUCAGUUCUGGGUAUUCCCAAGCAAUAAUUGAAUCAUAAGGGCAGUAGUUUAAAACAAACAUGCUAAAUAUUCAAAUGUUUUCUAAAAUGUUCCAAUUAUUUUUCGACAGCUUCAGUAUUUCUCACGUUAUUGUAACAUGCUGUGAUAAUAAUAAAAAAGUAUUUAACUGCAAUUUGGUGAAGUCUGAACUGUGGCAAAGAUACUCAGACUUCAGGAAGUGUUCAGUGUUUUAAAUGUAAAAGUAUUAAUCACAUUUUCCAUUAGAAAUAUAUUAAAUAUUUCUAUCAGUGAGAUGUAACAGCUAAGUUAAAAAACAAUUAUCUGUAUGCCGUUAAGACUUUGAAGAUUAGCUAUCUGUAGUUGAAUAUGAACAUGCUAAAUUAUAAAAUGUUUUUUGAAAUGUUCUUAUUCAUUUUGAAAAUUGUAUUCACUUGUUUUAUCUUCCAUUUGGUAAAGGAAAGAAAUAGUAACUGUAACAACAUAUACAGAAGUUUUUAAGUUCAGCGUUUUAAAUUGAUGUUUUAAUCACACAUUUUCCAUAAUUUCCAGAUAGUCUUAUUAAAUAUUCUCAUCAGUGCGACAGUUUGUCAGCUCAGGACAAAAGCUUGUAUUUAUUAAAAAGCUGCGUCGAGCAACAAUUCUCCAGUCUGAAGACUUCAUUCCCCGACUAUGUGAAUAUGAGUUGUUUCAUGUCCUCAUUUUAACAUUCAUGUUUUCUUGUCGCUUGUUCUGCCAAAGGAAACUUUUAAAAUAAAGCAAUCCAAAUUGCUGAAAACGU